AUGGCAAAUCUUCCCUUGUUUCGUGGAUUGAUAAUCCCGUUUUUGUGUAAACAAUUCCACAUUUUCAGGCCUGCUUUGGGUGAUGAUUAUCAUGCUCAAAUGAAGUUGCACCCCACCCUGGUACUUCAGCGGAGCUUUGCGUCACCUAGUGACAAAAAUGACCCACGGUCUGAAGGUAUUGUCCACAUCGACUGCCAUGAGUUGCGAGAACGAAUACGAACCAAAAAUGUUAUGUUGAUUGAUGUGAGGGAUCCAGUGGAAUUAGAAGAGUCUGGCCGUAUUGACGGUGCGAUCAACAUACCGCUUGAUGGUGUUGAACAGGCAUUCCAAAUGGAACCAGCUGACUUUCAGAAGAAAUACGGCGUCGCCAAACCAGACAAGAGCGACAAAAACAUCGUUUUUUCUUGCCGGAGUGGUAAACGCAGCCUUCUUGCUCUAAAAAUAGCCAACCGCUUGGGCUAUAAAUGGGCUUCAAAUUUCAAGGGUGGAUAUUUAGAAUGGGUAGCAGAUAAGAAG